CCCUCUUUUCUCUGACUAACGCGGAAGAGGUUCUGAAGUGGGAACUCUCUCUGUUGUAGAGACUUUUCUGCCGGGUUGCUACCGAGGACUUUUCUCAGCUGGAAAACUUACUCAGCAUCAAGACAGUUCUCUAAAAGCUCUCAACAUGAUUCACAGCUUGUUUCUGAUAAACAACUCUGGUGACAUAUUCCUGGAAAAACACUGGAAGAGUGUCAUAAGUCGUUCGGUCUGCGAUUACUUUUUUGAAGCUCAGGAGAAAGCAGGGGAACCUGACAAUGUACCUCCUGUCAUCCGCACACCUCAUCACUACCUAAUCAAUAUCUACCGGGAGAAAAUCUUCUUUGUUUCUGUCAUCCAGACUGAAGUUCCUCCCCUCUUCGUCAUUGAAUUUCUUCAUCGAGUUGCUGAGAUGUUUCAGGACUAUUUUGGGGAAUGCUCUGAAGUUACCAUUAAGGACAAUCUGGUAAUAGUAUAUGAACUACUUGAAGAAAUGCUUGACAAUGGCUUCCCCCUGGCCACGGAAUCCAACAUCCUGAAAGAGAUGAUUAAACCUCCCACAAUUCUGCGCUCCAUGGUCAACACUAUCACAGGCAGCAGUAAUCUUGGGGCCACUCUUCCUACUGGACAGCUGUCCACUAUCCCGUGGAGGAGAGCAGAUGUAAAAUACACUAACAAUGAGGCGUAUUUUGAUGUGGUGGAAGAGAUUGACGCUAUCCUGGAUAAGUCUGGCACAACAGUGUUUGCAGAAAUCCAGGGUGUGAUUGAUGCUUGUGUAAAACUCUCAGGAAUGCCUGAUCUCACACUAUCAUUUAUGAAUCCCAGACUUCUGGACGAUGUGAGUUUCCAUCCUUGUGUUCGCUUCAAGAGGUGGGAGUCUGAAAGAGUUCUCUCCUUCAUCCCCCCAGACGGAAACUUCCGGCUUAUGUCCUAUCAUGUGAAUGCACAAAAUUUGGUAGCAAUCCCAGUUUAUGUGAAGCAGAAUAUCAGUUUCUUUGAGAGUGGUUCUUCAGGGAGACUGGAUAUCACUGUGGGUCCUAAACAGACCAUGGGCAAGACCGUGGAGUGUGUGCUCGUCACAAUACACAUGCCUAAAGUGGUUCUCAGUGCCAAUCUCACAGCAACCCAGGGCACCUACACGUAUGACCCAGUCACCAAGAUUUUGGUGUGGGACAUCGGGAAACUGAACCAGCAAAAGCUUCCAAAUUUAAAAGGAAGCCUAAGUCUACAGUCUGGAGCUCCCAAACCAGAAGAAAACCCCAGCUUGAACAUUGACCUCAAGAUCCAGCAGUUAGCUAUUUCAGGACUUAAAGUCAAUCGGCUGGACAUGUAUGUGGAGAAGUACAAGCCAUUCAAAGGUGUUAAAUAUGUUACCAAAGCUGGAAAGUUUCAGGUCAGAACUUAACACUGUCUAUGAACAGUGUGUCAAACAAUAUCAUCUGUGUGCCAAAAAAAAAAAGGUAUAGAAGGUGCCAUCUCAUUCGACAAAUCACUUUUUACAACCACCUGUUAGGAACUGUCAUGCUGCCAAUGUAUUAAGCUUUGCUGCAGGGAAGAACAUUUUUGGGAAUUUGUAAGACAUAAAGGCCUUCUAAGAUUGGAAAAGCCAAAGUGCAUUCCUUUUUUAUGUUGAUUCACAUUUUUGACGUGUUUGUACUGGAAUCAUUUCUUCUACUCUGUCCUGUUUUAACUUGAUGUUUUAUUGUAUUGUCAGAUUUAUUUUCACUUUGAUGUUUAAGUGGAACAGUGAAAGAAGGUCCUAAAGUGCAGCAAGACAAUUCACUUUAGUCACUUUAGUAUCAUUAAAAAUAAUAAAUUAAAUUCAGUAAUAACAGUAGAUAUAUUGCUGUGCAUGUUUGAGGAGAAGCCUUUGCCAACAUUAUAGUAACAAUGUUUAAGUACUUUACUCUGGCACAAUGCACAAAUGUUAAGUGGCCUUUUAAAGAGGAAAAUGUAGUUUAAAACAUAAGAUGCCUUUCUUUAAAAGCACAGUUAUGCCAUAGCACAAGGCAUUAACCCUGCCUGUGCUGUUACUCAAGCAUGCCAUACAUAGCUCACAUAGCUGCAGCUUAUGUGUUCAGUCUAUUGGAGUUUCCAGUUGGGAUGGAAAUACCAGCAUGGGAUUUUUUUAAAUGACAAAGAGGAAUGUUUGUUAGAUUAGUUCAGUAAAAAUAAGGAUUGUUAAGUUACACUGCUUUAAAGCUACUAGGCUGCAAAUACUAACAGAUAACAGACCGUUUUAAGGUGCUAAAUUAGUCAUUCACUAGUUAACUGGCUUGCUUGUUAACUGCGUGGCAGGUAUCUAGGUCACUCUGCAGAGUUUUUGAACACUCACAAGGGACACAAUCUAUUUUUUGUAUGAUACAAAAAAAUGCAAUCUAAGGGAAUACCUUAUUUGCUUUGGAAAAUAUGUAUAUAAAAUAAAUGCCUUCACAUUUUAUAAAUAUUUUGGGGAAA